AACUAGUAAAAAUUAAAAACUAAAAAUGCGCGCCUUCAUCGUCCUGUGUUUAGUGGCUGCAGCCUCUGCCGAUAAGUUGGGUUACAACUAUCGCCCAGUUGGUCACUCCGACUCCGGACUCUCGUUUGCGCCUGGUGGCUCCUCAGGACUCGGUGGUCUCGGCGGCAGCGGCGGAUUAGGCGAUAGUGGAUUGGUUGGGUUAGGCGGCGGUCUUGGAGGACUCGGUGGUUCAAGUGGCGGUUUGGGUGGUCUUGGUGGACUCGGUGGGUCAAGCGGCGGUUUGGGUGGUCUUGGCGGUUCAGGUGAUAUCGGUAACUCCGGCAGCGUAGGACCCUCAUACUCUGCUCCUGCUGAAUUCAAUAAGGAGUUCUUCUCCUACAUCGCUCCCGAAGAAGAGUUCAAUGACGUUGAUGCCGGUCAAGAUGUUGUCAGCUCACUGAAGAAGAACCUCCGUGUUAUCUUCAUCAAGGGACCUGAAAACAAGGGACUCGAAAACGCUGCCCUCCAAUUGGCCAAACAUGCUGCCGAAGACCAAACCGCCAUCUAUGUUUUACAGAAACAAAGCGAUAUCGGAGACUUGGCUAAGAAACUCAACUCUAUCAACAGCCAAAGCKCACACAAACCCGAAGUACACUUCGUCAAAUACCGCACACCUGAAGAUGCUGCCAACGCUCAACGUGCUAUCCAAUCGCAAUACGACCAAUUGGGCGGUCCUUCUCAAUCGCACGAUGGUGGCGCCGCACCAGUGCACAACUUCGCAUCCCAAGCUCCAGUUCAAGCACCCGAAGUGCAUGCUCCCCGUAACGCCUACUUGCCCUCCUCCAUCAUCCGUGUUUAAGUAGAAACUACAUAAAACCAAAUCACCACUUGUUAUCUAUUUUGUCUAAUUGAAAGAACUGAUUUGAUAAGUUGGUUUUACGAAACGUUUGAACCAAUUUACGAAUAUGGCCUACGCUUAUUAUUGUUAUUGUUGCUAAAUUUAAAUAUAUACAAAAUUACGAUUUUUUAUUCAUA